AUCAGGGCUCAUCCCCGAGCUCCCUUCUGAUCUCUGUCCGCUUGGACCUACAAUGAUAAGCAGCGAGAGUGUUUUGGAGAGUGGAGACCAGCCUUGCAUCCGGCUGGAGCCCUUGAAGAACACGCACUUGCCGGGCAAGGCGACGCCGACCGGUGGCAGCUGCGCAGUCUUCAUGGACGGCAGCCCCAAAGUGACAGCCAACGGGGUGCACGACAUAGAGGACCGGAUUCUGAGGAUCACCGGCUACUACGGCUACAACCCUGGAUACUCCAGUCAUAGAAAAGAGGACGGUUCAGAGUCUCAUGCAGAGACACCAGGCAGCGAGACCAGCGGCGAGAGCCGGUCCUAUCGGAAAUGUACCAACGCAGUUCUGAAGGUGCUGGGUGGUCUGCUGAUGGUGCUGUGCGUCUCAUCCUCCUGGGUGGGUACGACUCAAGUGGUAAAGCUGACCUUCCAGUCGUUUUCCUGUCCCUUCUUCAUCUCCUGGUUCAGCAGCAACUGGAACAUCCUCUUCUUCCCCAUCUACUACUCUGGACAUGUGGUUAUCACACGGGAGAAGCAGACCCCCAUACAGAAAUUCAGGGAGUGCAGCAAGCUCUUUGGGGAGGAUGGGAUGACUCUGAAGCUUUUUGUAAAGAGGACAGCACCCUUCUCAAUUCUGUGGACACUGACCAACUACCUGUACCUUCUGGCCUUGAAGAAGCUGACCGCCACUGAUGUCUCUGCCCUCUACUGCUGCCACAAGGCCUUCGUCUUUCUCUUGUCCUGGAUUGUCCUGAAGGACCGGUUCAUGGGUGUUCGGAUUGUAGCAGCUAUAAUGGCCAUCACAGGCAUUGUCAUGAUGGCUUAUGCUGAUGGUUUUCAUGGUGAUUCCUUUGUGGGAGUGGCAUUGGCUGUGGGCUCGGCCUCAACAUCAGCUCUCUACAAGGUGCUGUUCAAGAUGUUCCUGGGCAGCGCCAACCUUGGAGAAGUGGCACACUUCCUUUCCACCAUGGGCUUCUUUAACCUCAUCUUUAUUUCCUGUGUGCCCCUUAUCCUUUACUUCACCAGGGUAGAGCACUGGGGUUCACUGUCCUCACUGCCGUGGGGAUACAUGUGUGGACUGGCAGGACUGUGGCUGGUGUUCAACAUCUUGGUCCAUGUUGGUGUGGUGCUGACAUACCCCAUUCUCAUCUCCAUAGGGACACUGCUUAGUGUACCGGGCAAUGCAGCCGUAGAUGUUUUGAAACAUGAGGUGAUCUUCAGCGUGGUGCGCCUGGCAGCCACCUGCAUCAUCUGUCUGGGCUUCUUGCUCCUGCUGCUGCCCGAGGAGUGGGACUCAGUCACACUACGUUUCCUGGCCAACAUUGCAGACAAGAAGUCAGAGGAACACGGCGAGGAGCUCACAGAGUCCAGUGUCAACACUCGAAGCCGCAGUCGAGCAAACGGCGCUGUCUCCAUACCCUUGGCAUGACGGGGCUGAGUUCUGCUAGUAGCCUCUGUUAACCAGUCUUGAAGCCCUGUCUGCUCAUGUUCCCCCAUUGCCCACCUGAGAGGUGUGGCAGGAUGUUCGGUCCACAUGGACUCUCUAUCAGGAAGGCAGGAAGUAUUGUCUUGAACUUUAAACUGGAGAUGCAUCUGCAUCACCGCCACUUCACUGCAGGAGGGGGAAAGCGCAAACAUUUAUGGAUCUUGCAAAUUGAAAGGGUGGAAAGUGUUAUUUACUUUAUUGAAAUACUUACCACGCUCAGUCCCGUUCCUCGCACGCACCCAACCCAAAAGAGCUGUCUGUUCUCCCUUGACCUGCUCUGCAGACUGUAUUCUGUGAAUAUAAAUAUUGGCAGGGCCAGUUUGGCUCAAUCUUAUAUGUAUUUAUGGUAUUUAUUUAGAAUUGUAUCAAUAAGAGUAUUCAUUUUAAAUCUUAUUGAAUAGUAUUAUAUACAAGAAUGGCAAUUAUACUAUGCGUAAU